AUGACCCGUCCACCCGAUCAUUUUUCCGAUUCGCUCACCGGUCCAGUUUUUAAAACCUUGAGUUCUUGUGGAUGUACUAUUAUGGGUGAUGGUUGGACUGAUGUUAGACAAAGAAAUCUAAUAAAUUUUCUUGUCUAUAGCCCUAUGGGAAUUGCUUUUGUGAAAUCAAUUGAUGCCUCUGAUGCUGUCAAAGAUGCUACUCUUUUUUCUAAAUUGUUUCUAGAGGUUAUUGAGUGGGUGAGAGUGUCGAAUGUUGUUCAUAUGGUGACAGAUAAUGGAGCAAAUUAUAAAGCUGCUGGAGGACUUGUAAAUGCUACUUACAAAUCUAUAAAUUGGUCUCCAUGUGCAGCUCAUUGCUUGAACUUAAUCUUAAGUGAAAUUUCCAAGAUGAAUCAUGUGCAUGAGCUUGCUAUUAAGGCAUCAAAGGUGACAAGGUACAUAUACAACCGUUCAUGGUUGUUAGCUCGGUUGAGAAAGAAGAAGAGUUGGACUGAAAUUGUGCGCCCAGGAGCAACGCGCUUUGCCACUACUUUCCUUGCAUUGCAUAGUAUUCAUGAGCAUAUGCAUGAUUUGCAAGCUUUGGUGACAAGUAAGGAGUUUGCAAGUUCAAGGUUUGCCAAAGAGAAGAAAGGAAAGGAUGCCAUUGAUAUCAUUUUAGAUAAACAAUUUUGGAAGGAUUGCUUCAUCAUUGUUAAGAUUGUUGAGCCACUUAUGUGUCUCUUGCGUAUUGUUGAUGGAGAUGAGAAACCGUCCAUGGGAUAUGUUUAUGAAGGCAUGUAUAGGGAAAUCAAAGGUAUUAAAGAUAUUUUCAAGAGAAAUAAGAGGUUGUAUAGGCCUUACACAACAAUCAUUAAAACUCGUUGGGAUGAUCAAUUGCGAAACAAUAUACAUGCGGCUACUUAUUGGUUGAACCCAACUUUUCAAUAUGAUCAAGCUUCAUUUUGCAAAAAGCCAGAGGUUAUGAAUAGUGUACUUGAUGUGAUUGAAACUAAAGCCACAUCAAGUAAAACAAAGCUCAUGGAUGAACUUAGAUUGUUUCGAGAUCGACAAGACAGUUUUGGAAGAGAGCUUGCCAUUAUUACAUCAAAGAAAACACAACCUGAUUCAGUUUUGGGGCAGCUAUUUGGGCAACAGCGAUCAGUGUUUGAGAACAGUGUACUUCAGCUCGUAAAUAUCAACUAUAUUCCCCGAGCACUCUGGGUUGGAGGUCGAAGACUCAAUCGAUCCAGGAAUUUGAUAGACGGACAAGCAGUGUUUAUUUCUUUACCCCUGGUUGCUAGGCGGAGGUCAAGAAGGCGCAGUGUAUCAGUACAAAGGUUAUCAAAUCAGUGGUUUUUGAACAGUCAGGCUGAGGUCUUAGUUCCUACUACAGAGUUAAAUAUAUCAAUUGUCCAGUCCAAUCCAGACAAUAUGGCAGGUUUGAAAGCGAUGAUGCGCUAG